CAGGUCGAGUCUGUCUUCGGAACAGCCAGUCAGUCGAACGGCACCCUUGGCACAGUGCGGAUGUGCGCGUCGUAUUUUUAAGGAUCUACUUAACUUUUCUGUUUCUCGCCGUUUAAUCAAACGAGUCUUACUGAUUAUUUACACAAUUUUGCUCCUGUGUUGUUCCUGUGUCCUGUUAUGUUGAUAAACCUGGAUUUAUUUGAUGGUGUUUAUACAAUAAGUGUAAAGAUGCGCAUUCUCUCACCUGCACAGCAGGCUUAUGGAUUUUGAAUUACCGUUAUUGACAUUUUCAUAAUUUUGAAGAAGAAAAGCUACUACGGGAUAAGGAAUCGGAACAAGCACUUAGUAUAAACGUCAAAAUGAACGGACCGGUCUACGCGUCAUCGUGUCCGGCCCUGCAGUCCAACUUGUCCCUGCACAGUUCAUCGUACUACAGCGAGUACAGCGGUGCCACCAGGAGACGACUGUCUUCUACGGGGGAAGCAGACACUUCGGCUACCUCGAGCUACGAGGGCAGCGACAGUUCGGAGAACAGCGACGAGACACGCUUGGAUCCCGUCAGUCAGCUGGAACGCGAACAGCUGGAGACCUUCUUCAGGGGUCUGAAGUCUCAGGUAUUCGUAUGCGAAUCUCUGGCGAACUUGUACCUGGGUAGCGCCUCUCAGACGGAGACCUGGGAGCUGCGGUUCACGGGGAUACCGGUGGUCGUCCUGGACUUGGGCGAGACCAGAUCAAGAUCCAAGAGACGCAUUCAAAUUCUAUUGGCUGAACGCGGCACCUGCUUCACACUUUGGAGAGAAACUAUCGAUAAUCUUUCCUCGUAUAAGGUGUCUGGACCAGCGUUUCACACCAUGUGUCUCUCGUCGGAUCACACGCGUCUGGCUGGACUGAGCUUCGACAAUUCAAAGGCGGCUAAUGAUCUCUGGCAACACAUAGAACGUCUGGUGUCGUGCCCUGAAAACAUAAGCUUAUCGGUACCGGGAAAGAAGAAGAAGAAACCGGCCCAGAAGAAGAUCAUCUUACCUGCCAAGAGCAACAUCAGCCAGCCCUGUCAAUUUCAACACGUGACCAGCGUUGACGCUGCUGAUAGAUCAAGAUACUUCUCACUGCAGACCCUGGUACCAGCCUUGAGCGAACUCGAGAAUUCACUGGAAGCCACGUUCUAGAUUUCACUAGACUUCAAAAUAUCCCUAUAAUGCGUUCACGUCAUCUGACUACUCUAAAGGAUAACUAAGCUGUUGUUAAUCUACGAUUUUCCAUCUUUUUUUUUUUUUAUUUAGAACUCUGCGCGUUUAUUAUUAAGUCACUAGUAUCGGCUUUUAUUUUUAAGUUAUACCUAGGACGUUCUAGGGACAUUCGAGCGACUGCCGAAAACACUCUAUGGUUUCCAUAACAGGAUCUCAUUGUAAUACCGAGUAUGGAACGCUAGGUAUAUUAUGCUAGUGACAGUCAGAUGUCAUGUUUCAUGAAAAUUAAUGAGAAAUAGGCGAUAAGCAUCGUCCUAUUGAAAACAAUCAAAAACCACGAUAUAUACAUGUAUGUUGUCUUAAGCGGAGCAAAGAAACCCGGAUGGUUCACCAGUUCCACACAUGAGACACUCGUCUCAAAAGAGGCACACACGAGUCGUAUAAGUUUACUUUAUGGGAUCCAAUUGAGGAGCAUGUGGGUCUCAUGUGUACGCGACUGCAUCUGUUCUGGUUCCGUGAGGCCAUUGGCCACUGAACCGUGCGUUUGGAUUCUUAAGAUGCUUUUUCAAGUUUACCGCUUCCGGCUCCACGAGAUUGUCCCAAGGUCUAAUCGAAUUUCGCGCUCUUUGUAGGAACCGGAAAUUGGUUGAACUCGACGGAUGCGGCGGGAAGUUUGAAUAAACGUAAAUAAUAAAAAAUUAAUUAGAAAACGCAUGAGACUGCACGUCGUACUAGUGCUAUGACAUCAUACUGUCGUCAUUGUCGUCGCCCGACUCGUCGCGUCAAUUGUGAUUGCGACAUCCGCGGGCACGAGAGUCGCUCGUCGCGAUACUUCAAAUUGUCGCGGCGGCUUUAAGUGACUCGUUAAAUUAUAAAUGACAUAUUACAUAUAUAUAUAUAUAUAUAUGAGGUUAUCAAGUCGCGUGAACUUUGCUUUCAUUUGUCGCGUCAACAGCCUUGUUGGGGAUUCGUACAAAAGGCUUUAAGGAUUCGGUAAUCGAAUGGAAACAUGUAAAUCACCGACAUAAUCGCGACUAUGAAAAUUAAUCAUACCGGUUUUAUGUAUAUACAUAAAUCAAUGUCAAUGAUAUAUACAACAGUCUAAUCUAUCAAAUGAUACAAAUUACAAGUUACGUUACACAUGUAUAACACGAUAGAAAUAAGUUAUUAUGCAUGCUACGUUGAGAAUGAUUAAUAUCUUGUAACGAUGAAGAAAAGAAAAAAAAAAAAUUGGAAAUAGUAGCCACAAAACCUCCCGAGAGGGAUUCCAUUAAUAGAUGGAAUUAGAGACGUAGACUAUUACGAAGCUUUCGAUCUUGCCUCGAGACGUACUGUUUUAGAAUAUCAUUGGAAUAUGAAAAAAAAAAAUCUUUUUCGAAUCUUUUCGAUUAUAUUUUAUCGCGAGAUUAUACUGCGUACGAAUAUUCUCGAGAUGCGUCGUGCUUCGUGGAUGUUGAUUCCAGCAGCCCACAAGAAGACUGGUAUUACCAUCUUACGAUUUAGCCAUAGUAUUAUUUUUACUUUGUUUUAUCUAGUAAAAGUUUCAUCUCGUUCGUUUCGUCGUGCGACGAGCCUUGAAUUACUGUAUUUGUUAUAUUCAUUUAUUUCGACUUUCAUGAAUCAUCGGGUACGUUUACCAGCAUGGAUUUAUUAUUAGUAAUAAGUAAACGCAGAGGCGUCACUGUUAUCGCGCAAUGUAAACCUUCUUAAGGAUCGUUUUCAAUCAAACUUAUCGUUAUCUUAUCAGUGUCGAGGAAAUAUUGUUAAGGAGAGCCAAAACUCGUAUGUUCUGUCUUAAUCGAAGUCUGUAACUUUUAAAGCGUACUCAGAACUUUUGUGCUGGUUUCAGCAAAUCUUACGUGCCCAGUUCUUCCCACUAGUUGUCAGACACAAAGUUCCAUAAGGCUGUUGGGCCCCUUAUUUAUUAGCAUCUCCUCGGUGGUUUUAUAUAAAUCCUUUCUGCGUAGGGAAAACACGCGACCAACUCGUAGAACUUAUGAGAAAAUAUGUAUCCUCGUUUAACAAUAGGCAUCGUAUGACUUAUUUUUUAUGUCUCCUUGUCAAUCACGCUUUAAGAUGUAUUUUUGGAAUUGAUUAUUAAAUCGAAAGGGACGCGUGAAUUCCCUAUGGAUUUUUAAAUUUGUAUGCUCAUCUUGGCACUCUUUCUCUCCGUUUAUCAUUAAAAUAUUUUGUUUAUCUACGACUGUGAUAUAAAUAUAUUUGUAACGUUACGUUUGGUAACCCAUUAUCCACAGUAAUCGAUCAUUCUAGCUGAUAAGUUUGUCACUUUCGUUAUAGUGAUGUAACGAUUGCCCUAAUAAAAUGUCUGUAAUUCGGA